UUCUCCGGCACGGUAGUGGUGGUGUAUUUGGUUGCGGUUGUGCUUUAGAGCCUGUCCACACAAAUCAUUGCGUGUCGUUCCUUGUCCCACCGCUGCUACGUUCGACGUCACAGGAUAUUUGGCCCUUUAUUUCAUCUCCACGCAUUCGUGGAGUUUCGACAUGUUUAAUUCCACGCGCCGCAGGAUGUCAUAUAUAGGUUAGUCUGCUGUUUCAGUCGAAGAGCUGGUUUACGAGGAUUGUAGUGGUUAUUCUGACGUUUUAGGUUGUGGAGAGUUUGGACAGUUGUAAUUUAUCGCAAGGGUUGAAGAGUAGAUUGUAGUGCGGUUUCUUGGAGGUGUCUAGCAGGGUUUAGGGAUUGGAUAAGAUGCAUGCGCAGGCCGCCCUGCGGGUGACACCACUGUGUGUUGCGAGCAAUGCUAGAGGAUGGAUGUUGCGAGGUGUUGUGCGACCCCGUGUCUCCUUCGCCCCCGUGAGAAGACUCGGCUCGAGCUCAUUUGCUGGGCAUAGGACCAUUAAUUCGAAGAUAUUUUUCCGGGGGACUGGCUUGAGAGCUGGUUCUAUUUCUGCUCAGCGAUGGAAUCCUCCUUCAAUGACGGUGCGGAGGGAGCUCUCGUUGAGUCCUGUUGCUGUUGUUGCCCCUUCCCCUGCCAAGACUGGUGCCGACUCGGAGUUGGUGAAGGAGCUUGGAUUUGAGGAAGUACAGGAGCAAUUCGUUGACGAAUAUAAGUCUACUGCAACUUUGUAUAGGCAUAAGAAGACUGGAGCUGAAAUUAUGUCCGUAGUUAACGAUGACGAGAACAAAGUUUUUGGCAUCGUUUUCCGCACUCCUCCAACUGAUUCUACAGGAAUUCCUCACAUUUUGGAACACAGUGUGUUAUGUGGGUCAAGAAAGUAUCCUCUGAAGGAACCAUUCGUGGAGCUCCUGAAGGGUAGUUUGCAGACAUUUUUGAAUGCAUUCACAUAUCCUGACCGUACUUGCUAUCCAGUAGCGUCUACCAACCUUCAGGACUUCUACAAUCUGGUAGAUGUUUACUUGGAUGCUGUCUUCUAUCCUCGUUGUGUGAACGACAUUCAUACCUUCCAACAAGAGGGCUGGCAUUAUGAGUUGAAUGACCCCGCAGAAGACAUCACCUUUAAGGGUGUGGUGUUCAAUGAAAUGAAGGGCGUGUACUCCCAACCAGACAACGUUCUAGGUCGUGUAUCUCAGCAGGCCUCGUUUCCUGACAAUACUUACGGUGUAGACAGUGGUGGUGAUCCAACUGUUAUCCCUGAUUUGACUUUUGAACAGUUUAAGGAAUUUCACUCUAAAUUCUACCACCCUAGCAACGCACGAGUGUGGUUCUAUGGAGACGACGAUCCCAACCAGCGUUUGCGAAUUAUUAGCGCGUACUUGGAUGAAUUCGAUAACAACGCCGCUGCCAAGGAAUCCGAGGUGAAGGUUCAACCGUUAUUCAAGGAGCCGAAGAGGGUAGUGGAAAAGUAUGCUGUAGGAGAUGGAGCCGAGAAUGCAAGGAAACAUAUGGUUGCAAUAAAUUGGGUGUUGUCCGACACUGUCCUGGAUCCCGAGACCGAGCUUGCUCUUGGAUUUUUGGACCAUUUGAUGCUCGGGACUCCUGGUUCCCCUCUUCGGAAGGCUCUGAUGGAAAGUGGGUUAGGUGAAUCAAUUAUUGGCGGUGGUAUUGAAGACGAACUUCGUCAACCUCAGUUCAGCAUUGGCCUUAAAGGUGUGGCGGAAGAGGAUAUCCCCAAGGUCGAGGAACUAGUGUUUUCAACACUGAAGCGCCUUUCUGAAGAGGGUUUCUCUGCCGAUGCAGUAGAGGCUUCAAUGAACACAAUUGAAUUUUCGUUGCGGGAAAACAAUACCGGUUCUUUCCCUCGAGGUCUUUCAUUGAUGCUUCGGUCAAUGGGUAAAUGGUUAUAUGGACUUGACCCCUUCGAGCCCCUCCGCUUCGCCAAGCCAUUGGAGCACUUCAAGCAGAGACUUCAAUCAGAGGGUGUUAAGGGUGUAUUCUCACCUCUCAUCCAGAAUUAUAUCAUUGACAACCCUCACCGUGUUACAGUUGAACUUCACCCAGAUGCUGAGAAAGGAAAGAUCGAUGAAAUGCAAGAAGCAGAGAGACUGGCCAAGGUCAAAGCAAGCAUGACACAGGAAGAUCUGGCUGAGUUGACUCGAGCCACAGAGGAACUGAGAUUGAAGCAAGAGACACCGGAUCCUCCGGAAGCAUUGAAGGCAGUACCCAGCCUCGCUUUGUCUGAUAUUCCGAAGAAGUCUGCUACAGUCCCUAUUGAGGUUGGAUCGUUGAAGGGAAGUACAGUGCUUCGUCAUGAUCUGUUCACAAAUGAUGUAUUGUAUGCUGAAGUAGCUUUUGACAUGCGUGCUGUUAGACCUGAUCUCCUUCCGCUCGUACCUCUCUUUUGUCAAUCACUAUUAGAGAUGGGCACUGCGGAUCUUGAUUUUGUCCAGCUGAGUCAGUUGAUUGGACGAAAAACCGGUGGUAUUUCAGUCUACCCUUCUACCUCAGCAGUUAGGGGAAGAACAGAACCUUCUAGCCACAUUUUUAUUAAAGGAAAGGCAAUGGCUGGUCAAACUGCAGAUCUUUUUGACUUGAUGCGAAAGGUGCUUCAGGAUGUCAGGUUCAACGAUCAAGGUCGCUUCAAGCAGUUUGUCUUGCAGAGCAAGUCUAGAAUGGAGGGUCGGGUAAGCGGUGGCGGCCACAGUGUUGCUGCCGCUCGUCUGGACGGCAAGCUAAACACUGCAGGAUGGAUCAGCGAGCAGAUGGGAGGGCUGAGCUACUUGGAGUACUUGCGAGAUCUGGAGAAGAGGGUGGAUGAGGAUUGGCCUUCUGUUGCCGAAUCCUUGAACGAAAUCCGAAAUGAGCUGCUCUCUAGGAAGGGGACCAUUGUUAACUUGACUGCUGAUGAACGUACUCUUACUAAUGCAGAGAGCCAUGUUGCCGCUUUCUUAGAUGCUAUGCCUGAAACUGGGGGAAACAUUGUAAACUGGGACCGACGUCUCCCACUUGUAAAUGAGGGUCUUGUUAUCCCUACUCAGGUGAAUUAUGUUGGCAAAGCUGGUAAUAUUUAUGAUGCAGGUUACAAGCUGGAUGGAAGUGCAUAUGUCAUCCAGAAGGUCAUUGGAACUACAUGGCUUUGGGACCGUGUGCGUGUGGUUGGUGGUGCUUAUGGAGGGUUCUGCGACUUCGACAGUCAUUCAGGAGUUUUCACCUACUUGUCUUACAGAGAUCCAAAUCUAGUGAAAACCUUGGACAAUUAUGACGCAACAGUUCAGUUCCUACGGCAGCUUGAAGUGCACAACGAUGCGUUGACUAAAGCUAUCAUCGGUACCAUUGGUGAUGUGGAUUCUUACCAGUUGCCUGAUGCCAAGGGUUACUCCAGUAUGAUGCGCUACAUUAUGGGUAUCACGGACGAGGAGCGACAGCAAAGACGGGAGGAGAUCUUGUCCACAAGUGUGAAAGAUUUCCAUGCUUUUGCGGAUGCUUUGGAGAGCGUGAAAGAGAAGGGUGUGAUCGUGGCUGUGGCAUCGGCUGAUGAUAUUGCUGCUGCGAACAAGGAGCGACCUGGACUGUUGGAAGUUAGGAAAGUGUUGUAGAUGUAAGCUUUUAGUAUUUUCCUUACUUCUGGAGUUUAAGGAAGAUUGGUUCGGAGUAUGUGAAUUGCGUUACUUCGCUGAUUGUCUGGAGUCGUCCCGCUCACAGAUAUAUUGAAAGAUGCAUUUUUGGUUCCUCAACGAGUUGUAAUUUGUAA